AUGUAUAUCGGAAUGUCAGCAGACUGUAAAAGUGAGGAAAUAAAGAGUGGUGUUAAUGAAAUUAGUUCAAGAGAAUGCUCGGAUGUAGAACAAAAAAUAAUUACACAAAUUGAGUACUAUUUUGGUGACAUAAAUCUGCCUCGGGACAAAUUUUUACAAUUGGAACUAAAAAAAGAUGAUGGAUGGAUUCCACUUUCAACAAUGCUCCAAUUCAAGCGAUUGUCAUUGUUAACUGAUGAUGUGAAAUUAAUUGCAUCCUCACUUAGACGGUCUAAAUUAAUGGAAGUAUCGGAUGAUGGAUCUAAAAUUAGGCGAAAUCCUGGUAUCGAAGUACCUGAAAUCUCUCUAGAAUAUUGGCAGUCAGUCAAGAUCCGAACAGCUUACGUAAAAGGAUUCAGCGAAAGCACAACACUUGAUGAAUUAUUGCGCUUUUUUAAUCAGUUUGGAGAGGUAGCCAAUGUGGUAAUGAGACGUGAGAAAAAUGAAACCCACACCUUCAAAGGAUCAGUUUUCUGUACAUUUGGAGAUGUUGAAACUGCCAAAGCAUUUAUCAGUAAUGAUGUAAAGGAAUAUAACGGCAGUCCACUCUUAAAAAUGAUGCAGAAUGAUUUCUGGGCAAUGAAACAGCGCGAGCAAAAAGAAAAACGUGAAGCUGAUCGAAAAGCCAAAUUAGCAAAAAAGCUAAAGGAUGCCGAGGAACAGAAACGAGAAGCCAGUAUAGCUCAUUUUGUAAAAGGACUUGUUCUUUCACUCAGUAAUUUGCCCAAAGAUACAAAUAUUCAAAAACUAAAAGAAUUUUUAAAAAAUUUUGGUGAUGUUGGAUAUGUGGUUUAUAGUCAAGGUGACGACCAGGCUCAGAUUCGUUUUUCGGGUAAUGAAUUCGCAGCAAAAAAGGCUUGGGAAGCUGCUAUUGCUGCUAGUGCAGACGGUAAAGUUAUGAUGAAUGAUAAUGAAAUUCAUGCAACUGUACUAGAUGGUGUCGAAGAAGAGAAAUAUUGGGACGAUUUCAAUCAAAAGAAGGCAGAAAAAUUUAUUAGAAGUCAGAAACGAGGUCGUGGUAAACCGCAAAAUGGUAGAUCUUCGCGAAAGAGAGCAGCCAAUAACGUUGAAGGAGAACCUGCAAAUAAGCAAAAAAGGAUUGUUUUUAAAGAUGAUGAUGUAGAUAAAGAUUAA